ACACUCAAAGGGCGACUACCGGGUGCACAAAAGAUUGCCCUCCCUUUGCACCGGAACCUUCAGUCUGCUGGGAGUUAGAAGGACGCCGAAGUCAAUGUUAAAAGGAAAUAUGGCUAAAAAGUCCGUCUGCAUUGUUGGAUCAGGAAACUGGGGUUCGGCCAUUGCAAAGAUUCUAGGUAAAAAUGUGCAAGGUAGUGAUAUAUUUGAGGAAAAAAUUCUUAUGUACAUGUAUGAAGAAAAUGUUAAUGGACGGAAGCUAACAGAAAUUGUUAACACAGAACACGAAAAUGUGAAGUAUCUGCCAGGUGUCAAGAUUCCAGAAAAUGUGGUAGCUGUCCCAGAGGUAUGUGAGGCCUGCACAGGCGCAGACAUCCUUGUCUUUGUCCUUCCUCAUCAGUUUGUGCGAACAACAUGCCAAAAGAUGGUUGGCUCAAUCAAGAAAAAUGCUAUUGCUAUCUCACUCAUCAAGGGGUUCGCUAUAACAGACUCUGGCAUCCAGCUUAUAUCAUCAAUCAUCUCAGAGAUUUUAGGGAUUGAGUGUGCUGUAAUGAUGGGAGCUAACUUGGCUGUGGAAGUUGCCAGUGAACAGUUCUGCGAAUCCACCAUUGGCAGCAAGAAUGAAGUGACUGGGCGAUUAUUAAAACAACUAUUUCAGACGCCAUAUUUCCGAUGUACUGUGGUGGAGGAUGCCAACACUGUGGAAUCAUGUGGAGCAUUAAAAAAUGUAGUUGGUAUUGGUGCAGGGAUCGUGGAUGGUUUGGGUUACGGAGACAACACCAAAGCAGCUGUUAUCCGUCUUGGUCUCAUGGAGAUGAUCAAGUUCUGUGAAAUCUUUACAACAGGCUCUAAGACGGAGACAUUUUUUGAAAGUUGUGGAGUGGCAGAUCUUGUAGCCACAUGCCACGGGGGUAGGAACCGAAUGCUGGGAGAAGCUGUAGUAAAGUCAGACAAGACAAUUCGUGAGUUGGAGAAGGAGAUCCUCCGAGGUCAAAGUUUCCAAGGCCCUCUCGUUGCAAAGGAAAUAUAUGAGAUUCUAGAGAAGAAAAAUAUGCUUCAAAGGUUUCCUCUGUUUGUGGGAGUACAUCAGAUCUGCAGCCGACAGAUGAGUCCUAAAAACUUCAUUGAAGCCCUGCGAGAGAUGCCCACAAUUCAGUAAUGGUUCUGCACUCUGCACUAGUGUUGUUACUAGUGUGGUGUUUUAUUCCUUUUGCUUUAGAUGUAUACUAUGCAGGUCUCCAAUCUGAACAAACUUUUUGCAGUUUAAAAUGCUGCCUUCCAUUAUUAAUUUGGUCAUUGACUCAUGAAAAAAACACCAGACCAAUACUCAUAAAGCAACAUUUGCAAGCCUUUGUCACGCCAUGAGUUGGUUAUUUUCAUUUGCCCCAUAAAUAAAAGGAUAGGCUCAUGAGAACUGUAAAUAUUUGGUUUUUUUAGUAUUUUCACUAUAACAUUGUUAAAUUUUCAGAUUUUUCUUGUGAAAAGUGAGUACAGUUAGUUUUCUUUGCACUAUUCUUUGUAAAAAAAAAAUGGUGCAGUUAUUCCUGUGAUAUUUGGAGUGAGAUUUCAACUUCCUCAGAGCCUGAUUUCUCACUGAGAGGGAUGUCUAUUUUCCUUCCUUACCGCCUUGCGUUCCCAUACUAUAAGGGUUCUUGUACCUAUUCAAUAGUGGCACCAUACAGAUACCAAACCACAUGCUUCAGCCACCAGCACUCUAACCAAUCAGUUCUCCACUUAAAUUCUUGAAAUAAGAAUUCUGUUAUGCAGUAUAAAAUGCUCUAGCCAUCAUGGGCACAAGCAUUGAAGCUGUAGGCAUUGAAGAUAUAAAUAUCUAUACAAUUUAUUAUAUGAACCCAACAAGUGUAAAAUGGAUCAGUUUAUUUUGUUUAGAAUUCUUUGAUGCUUCUGUGUUUUGUAAGCAUACUUUCUGUCUUUAACUGUUUACAUGAACUUUUGUUUUUCAAUAUAUCACCUUGUUUUUUAGAAUCUUGUUUUGAGUGGUCUCACUUUAUGAAAUAUUUAUGCUGGUAUGAUACUCUGAAUCUCAGUUUGCAUGGUAUUAGAUAUACAGACUUGCAUUUUUAAUGACUUUGGUCAUGUGACUGAACAAAUAAAACAUUGACAAUUAACCUGCUCUUCCUUCUAUAGUGAUGUUAUGACCAAUCAUAUCCUGACUUUGAGUAUAGGGAAGGAGAAAAUGAAGAGUUACUUCACCUGACAAACCAUGUGUCUAGCAGUAACACACAUGUUCUUUGACUGUAAGUCUGUAACGAGACAAUCAUGCAGGAAAGAUGAAUCUGGGGUUUGUGGAACUUGCAAUGAAAGACUUAUAUUGGAUGAGUAACAACUGGAGGAGACAGUUUUCCAUCUUUUUGUCUUGUUCUGUCUUCUUUCUUUUGACAUGCUUUGGGCUAUUCCUGCCUCCAUCCAUCUCAGUGGCAGGUCCUUUUGACUGGGAGACAUUGCCAACAAAUAAAAAAAAAUAUUGCCAGUGUUGCAUGUAGGGUCAAGAGACUUAUUCCACAAGAAGUCUUGUAUAAGGUUGAUCCUGUGGGCAGAGCAAGAAGCAGAGUAAUAGCUUUAAGUGUGUACAGGCAUGCCAAUUAUUGCUGGGCUUGCACAAUGGUGUGAUGUGUCAGUUGAAUUUUAGCUAUAAGCGCACAUUCAUAUUCAACACCUUUUCUAUAAUUUUUAUUUUUUGAUUUUAUAUAGAAUGCAACUCCACACAUUGAGUAAACUGCCUCAUUAAACUAAAUUUUCUACAUUUAUUUAAAUCUUAUCUUUCAGUAAGUUGAAAUAUUGCAGGUCAAUCAUGCUUGAGGUUUUGUACCUUUAUAUAAUGAUGUGUGGAUAUUAGCACUUGUACACUUUGAAGUACUAUCAAAUAAGGCUUGUUAUAGGACUUAUUAAAACUUGUGAUAUUUGUAUCCCCUUUUCAAAUUGUUAACAUUUGCCAGUUUGUCUAUUUUUUUAUUAUUAAAGUAAUCUCGUUUUUCAACACACAUGUCACUGUUUAACUUAUCAUGAGCUGAGUCUAAUUAUCACAAUUCCCUCAAGUCCUUUACUCCUUAGACAUUAGAACUGUUGAAAGAAAAGACUAUUUGCAAAUCUUCAAAAUAUAAUUUUUCCAUAGAUGAAA